CCUUAUCCUAAUAGGCUUUCCAUUUCCAAUUAUUGACCCUUUCAUUAUUUGCAUCAGUGUUAAACCACAACCAAUACCAAAGCUACUCUUCUUCUACUAUACAAAUCCGUCACUCAUCAUUCAACACAUAUCUACAUAAUUAUUAAUCAAGCAAAUGUUUUUACCAAGUUCAUCAAAUUCAGUACCCUUACUAAGAUCCAUCAAUAAUGACAACCUGCGAUCACCCCAUAGACACAGUCUUCAAGAAGCAAUUCGGGUUAUCCAAAGAUCCACAAACCGACCCGGUUUAAUGAUGCGUCAACCAUCUGAGCCCGACCCGCAAAGUAAUAAUAAUUGGGCUUACUCAAAGCCCGUUGUGAUUAUUGAUAUUAUAUGGAACUUUAUGUAUAUUGUUGCUGCAAUCUUGGUUUUAUUUUUGAGUAGAAAAGAAGACCCGGAAAUGCCUUUACGGACUUGGAUUGUUGGGUACUGUUUGUUUUGUGUACUUCACGUUGUUAGUGUUUUGUUGGAGUAUAAGAGAAGAGGAUAUGGGUCAGAGGCUUUCGGGUCGGGUUCUAGUGGGUCUAGUGGUUAUGUUACUUUGGCUGAAUUAACCCCUGGAAGAACAAGUAACAUGACAAAGUAUAUGGAUUCUGCAAAUACAAUGUUAUCAUUCUUCUGGUGGAUCAUUGGAUUUUAUUGGGUAUGUACUGGUGGACAGCCAAUGGUAGACGAAUCUCCUCAAUUAUACUGGCUUUGCAUUGUUUUCUUGGCUUUUGAUGUAUUCUUUGUGGUAUUUUUACUUGUGAUGGCUUGUGCUAUUGGUCUCGGACUUUGCUGUUGCCUUCCAUGUAUUAUUGCUGUUCUAUAUGCUGUAGCUGAUAAGAAAGGAGCAGAGAAAGAAGAUAUUGAACAACUGUCUAAGUACAUGUUCCGACGCAAUGGUUGUACUGACAAUUGUACUGAUGAGAUCGAAGGAACAAUUGCUGGAUUCAUGACCCUGUGUGGGAGAGAUGCACCAACGGAUGAGCGCUCACUUUCUACAGAUGAUGCUGAAUGUUCCAUAUGCCUGUCUACUUAUGAUGAUGGAGAUGAACUUCGAGAACUUCCCUGUGGUCACCUUUUUCACUGUACUUGUAUCGACAAAUGGCUAUAUAUGAGUGCCACCUGUCCCCUUUGCAAGCGCAGCAUUGUUGGGGCUCGCAGUUGCUGUGAAGAAGUUUAGGAGAGGGUCAUUACUGCUGGUGUUGGUUGCGAGCUUUUACACGUGCUGUUAUGUCAACACGGAGUCGUAGCUUAUUUGUCCUACCUAUUUUUGUUUGUGCGUAUUUUCAUCUGUACAGAUAAACUUUGCCUAGCUAUAGAUACGCUACUGCAGAUAAAUACACAUGCUUCUCUAGGCUUCCUUUAUCUCUCUGGGUUCAUAUUUAUAUUUAUUCUUUUGUUCUUUUUGUAAGUUGAGAAUGGUUUAGUUUAUCUACGGUGAUGUGUUCACUUGUUUGUAAGAAUUUGUAGUUAUUAUUGUAUUUAAUAAAGGUUUGCUUUGGUAAUUAAUAA